AUGCCCGAGUCUGUUGCUAGCCUUAAGAGAGAGAACAGUAAGCUUAAAGAUCAACUGUCUGUCAUGGCGGAUGAGAUUGCUAAGAUGAAGGUGAUGCUGCUGGAGCAGUCAAAAAAACCUGCAGCGACUAAUGACGAAGUAGAGCAAAGCUUAGAAUUCAUGAGUAAAGAAUAUGAUGACUUUGAGCGAUUCAGGGUCUCUGCUGGUAAAGAACUUGAUCGCUUAGGUGCCAUGCUUGAUGAGAUUGCUGUUGAAGUUAACAGAGUUUCCAGGAGCAUCGAUGAAUUUCAAGAGUACAGUUAUCAAUAUAAUGUUAAGAUUGUUGGUGUCCCUCAAUUGAGUCAAGAUGAAUCCUCGGCUUCUACGAGUGCGCUAUGUGAAUGUUUAUUUAAGGCAAUUGAUCCGCUGUAUCAAUUCAUGACAUUGACACAGCCCAUCGAGUCCCAACGAGAAGCAAUGACAAUGGCGGCCCGCGGCCAAUCAUUUGCCGAUUUAUUAGACGAUUGUCAAAAGAUGAUGUCAUGA